CGCUGCUUUGACCCAGUUUUUUCUCUCCCGUUUAAAAUACGUAACAAAUAAAAUACAAUGAUUACGCAUCUAAACAUGAUAAUCGCGAUUAUAUUUGGUUGGAUAAUUCGAGAACCAGAAGAAAAAAAACAUAUAAAAUUGAAAUAAUAAGACGACAAAAGAAAAUUAAUUAGAAAAGACACAAGUGCCUUCUAAUAAAGAGAUAAGAAAGAGGAGGAAGAAAUGAACUAGUCUGAAACACAAUGAUGAACCACUUUUAGCAACACACAUCAAAAACGACGAAAACAGAGUAAAAGAAGAAGAAAAAAACGGAGGAGGAACAGUUAGCGCCGUCCAUGGCGGGUCUUCAGAGAUCCACCAUCUCUUUCCGUCGACAGGGCUCUUCGGGUAUAGUCUGGGACGAUCGUCUCAUCGCCGAGCUAAGCCAACAAGCGGCCAACGACCGGAAAGGCGAGACUCUACAACAGGACGAACAGGCCAAGCUGAUUACGUCGGAAGUACAGGAUCAGACAACCAAACCUAUCGCCGGAGAAGGACUCAAACCUAUCAGAACUGACGGAGGUAUGGAGAGGAGUCGAUCCAACGGAGGAGGAGCCAUCCGCCACCAUCGAAACACAGGGAGAGUGUCUCCGGCGGUGGACCCGCCGUCGCCGAGACUGUCGGCGUUUGGGUGCUGCUCUGCCUUCGGGAAGAAACAGCCGGGGAAGAAGGUUAAUCAGAGGAAAAGGCCAGCGAAGCGUAGAUCCAGAUAGGCAUGAACUAAAGUCUAAAGUAAAGAAGAAGAACACACACAAAGAUGAGAAAACAAAACAAAACAAAAAGAGAGUAUAUAUACUUAUACUGCUUCUUAUGAAUCUUUUUCUUUCUGUUUUUGUUUGUGUUUUUUUGUUUGUGCUUUAAUGUUAAAACUGUUUAAACUCAGAGACUAUAUAUAUGUUUAUAUUUGUUUUGUUUUUGUUGCAGACUGAUCUUAGAUUUUCAUGUAUAUUCUUGUUUUAUUCUAUCUCUCUUUCUUUCCCGAGAGAAUUCCAAAUAUUUCCAAGUAAGAUUAAAGCAGAGGAUCAACAAUCUUCUUCGUCUCCUAUGAUUAAUCCAUCGAGUAAUUAAAUUUGAUAAUCUUAAUGAAU